AUGAAUCUCAACAACCUCAACCUGCCCAUCCGCACCAGCAUCAGCAGCCGCCGCAACCAGGAGAGCCGCAACUACUUCACCAGCUACACGCCCCCGAGCUCCACCGAGGCCAUCAAUGGGCCGGUCCGCGAGCCCACGAGGGAGCAGCCGCCCCUGAGCGAUCGCUUGAUUGUGGGCGUUGAUUUCGGCACCACGUUUUCAGGCGUCGCGGCUGUCUACACCUCUACGCCUGACGAUAUUGAAAUCAUCAAGACCUGGCCUGGCGGCAAUGGCAUCACCUCGGACAAGGUCCCCACAGAGAUUGCUUAUGACUUCCCCGCCAACUCGCCCCCGGGCACCGAGCCCACGGCCAAAUGGGGUUUCCAGUUCAAGCCCGAGGAGUCGCGCCUGCGCUGCAUCAAGCUCUUCCUAGAUCGCUCUCAGAAGCUGCCCUUUUACGUGAGUCCGCUGGACACGGCAGCCCAGCUCAAGCGCUUUAACAAGAAUGUUGUCGAUGCCGUGAGCGACUAUUUGACGCAGAUUUAUAUACACACCAUGGACACGCUAACCCGUCGGUACGGCGAGUCGUUCAUGGCGUCCACCAAGGUCGAGUUCGUUCUGACGUGCCCGGCCGUGUGGAGCGAUGCAGCCAAGAAUACUACGCUCCAGGCUGCGGAGCGCGCUGGUAUGGGAAGCAGGUCCGAGAUCCAGAUGAUCAGCGAGCCCGAAGCAGCUGCGGUAUACACACUCAAAGCCAUACAGCCGAACCACCUCAACGUGGGUGAUAACUUUAUUGUCUGUGACGCCGGAGGCGGCACCGUCGAUCUCAUCGCUUACCAGAUCAUGUCUCUUAAGCCUCUACGGGUAGAGGAAUCUGCUGUAGGAACUGGAGGGUUGUGUGGGAGCGCAUUCUUAAACUACCGCUUCGAGGAGCAUGUCAGGAACCGCCUUGGACAGAGCCGGUUCGACGAGAUGAAAUUGAAGAAGGGAAAAACUUGGCAGAUGGGUCUCCGCUACUUCGAAGAGUUCGUCAAGCGGAACUUCAACGAGGAUGAGCAUCAGGAGGUUAAUGUCCCAUUCCCUGGACUACCGGAUGACGAAGACGCUGGUCUCGACUCAGGCUUCCUAGUCAUGACAGCAGACCAGAUCAAAGACAUCUUUGAGCCUGUGGUGAAGGAAGUUUGUGACCUUGUCCAGGGCCAGGUUUCAAGUCUGCGUGCCAAGGGCGGCAUCGUCUCGGGCAUCGUCUUGGUUGGAGGAUUCGGCCAGAGCAACUACCUGUACCGCCGCCUCAAGUCUCACUUUACCAGCGCAGCCCCUCCCCCUUACAGUGAGCGACCGACCCAUGCGACCGCCAACGCUACGCAAGAGACGGGCUCCAUCGAGGUCAUGCAGCCGGUUUACGCAUGGACUGCGGUGGUGCGAGGUGCGGUGCUCCGAGGGUUGGAGGGUAACAUGGUCAUCUCACGCAAGUCGAGAAUGCACUACGGAACGUCGUACGCCACCGUUUAUGACGAAGAGAAACAUUCGGUCAGCGAGAGAUACUGGUCCCCGCUAUGGGAGCGAUGGAUGGUCUCGGAUCGUAUGCAAUGGCACAUUGCCAAGGGUGAGGCCUUGUCGCCCCUGGCUCCGAUUGCCUUCCACUAUACUCGUAACUUCCGCCCCGGCCAAUCCCUGAUUGUGACGGAUGAUCUUAUCGCCAGCGAUGCCGACGAGCCUCCUGUAGCCUACACCCGUGACCUCAUCCACGUGUGCACCCUGACCACCGACCUUAACGCCGUGCCAAGGAGUCUCUUUACGCGCCUGACGACGACAAGAGGUGUCGAGUUUGACAACCUCGACUUUACGCUAGAAAUGCGCAUGGAAUCAGCAGGGCUCACCUUCGAGCUGAAGGUGGACGGUGUGAGAUAUGGAAGAGUCGAGGCGGAGUUCCAUUCUGCCACAUAG